AUGUAUUUCAAGGUAGAUUUGAGAGGAGAAUUUAGAAAUAUUAAGGCAGUAGUUCCAGCUAAAAUAUGUUUUAUAGAUGUAAGGUGUGGAAAAUGUAAAACUAAGAAAGAUAACAUCAGUAUUAAGCAUGAUUAUACCUAUGAUUUAGAAAUACAGAAAGGAGAUAGAAAUCACACAACAACACAAGAGGUUAACUAUACAUACAAAUGUAGUAAUGAAGACUGUGGAAAUAGAAUCAGUAUAAAUAUGGAAAAGUUGAGUGAUUUAGAGUUUUAUAGAAGAGGAGAGAGUGAUGUAUAUGAAAGGGUAAGUAAGGUUGUUAAUGAUGAGUGUACAAUUGCACGUUUUAAGAGUGAUUCUGCUACAAUUGAGACUGUAAGACUACCAGAAAUAACUUUUUUUACUGAUGAAAAUGAAAUGUUAAGUACAAGUGAUCUAAAAGGAGGGGUUGUAACUUUAACUUCUAAAAUAGGAAAUCCAACAGGUAUAAUUGAAAAUUUUAAAAUAACCGUAAAAGAAGUCAAUAAAAAAUAA